UGGGGCUCGUGCGGGGCCAUCCUCAGUCUAGAUCAACGCGCAAUUUUUAACCGAAGCGUCUUUCGCACGAGAAUGCCAGGGCUAUAUGCAGCUAGCGAUCAUCAAAGGAUUACACGCUGUUUCACGGAUACAUUGCAGUAACCAAGGAACUAAGUUGGAUGAAUACGAGGGAAGAACGCACACAAACAACGGUCUGGGAAAACUCGAUGCUACAUCGGACUGAAAAUAGACGGGGUGUAAAGGGCAAGGAAUAAGACAAAAUGAAGACAGGACACUGUGUGCGCGCGGUGGAAUAUUAUUCUAGGUGAAACGAGGAAAAAUGACCGAAGAAUCACACCCCGACGAUGACAGUUACAUAGUGCGGGUGAAAGCGGUGGUGAUGAUGAGGGAUGACUCCAGCGGGGGUUGGCUGGCCCAGGAGGGCGGAGGUCUCAGCAGGGUUGGGGUGUGUAAGGUGGUGCCUGCCGACCUGGAGGUGCUAGGCCGCAAUGGCUUCCUUAUACAUGGAGAGAGGCUUCGAGAUAAACGGGUGAUUCUGAAGUGUUUUCUGAAGAAAGACCUGGUCUACACCAAGGCUACACCCACCUUCCAUCACUGGAGGGUGGACAACAAGAAGUGUGGCCUGACGUUUCAGAGCCCCGCUGACGCUCGAGCUUUUGACCGCGGCGUCCGAAAAGCCAUCGAGGACCUCACGGACGGAUCCACCACCUCCUCCUCCACGUUCCAGAACGAGACGGAGCUGGGGGACGAUGAUGUCUUCACAAAUGCCACGGACAGUUCGUCUAACUCCUCUCAGAAACGGGAGUCCACACUGCAGACGCUCGCUCCCAUCAGCCUUUGCGAGUCCCGGCGUCACCACUGCAUCCUGGGACAUCUCUACGACCAGCACAGGCCCUCCGACCACUACUUUCUGGACCCGUCAGUACCCAUGUUUCCGCGCCACGUCACCUUCCAAGAGGACGAAGAAAUCGUGCGGAUAAACCCACGCGAACGCGCCUGGCUAACGGGCUACGAGGACUACCGCCACGCUACGGCAACGCGCGACAAACUCCUCCACCCCAAUCCCACAGACGCUUACGUUCACUUCUCUAAGAGUGAACCCCCAAAACACCACUACACAUACCCCUACCCGCCCGGCUGCCACCACCAGAGCAGCGCGCACAGGGACAGCAAACUGGGCGUGGUAACGGGUCAGCCGCGAGCGCUAACGGCUAACAAACGGUCCAGCGACAAUGGCGAACGUUCUCGCUGUGUGUACUGUCGAGACAUGUUCAGCCCGGCGGAGAACAGACGCGGGAGGUGCCAGGAGGCUCCGGACCCGGUCCAAACCUGCAUCCGACGGGUUAGCUUCAUGUGGUGCGCGGACAGCCUGCUGUACCACUGCAUGUCCGACCCAGAGGGUGACUAUUCGGACCCGUGUUCUUGCGACACGAGCGAAGAAAGGUUCUGGCUCCGCUGGUUAGCCUUACUGGGCCUUUCAGUCAUAGCUCCCUGUAUGUGUUGCUACGCUCCGCUACGCGCUUGCUACCGUUGUGGCGUCGCGUGUCACUGCUGCGGAGGUAAGCAUAAAGCCGCAGGGUGAAGGGACAAACUUCCUAAAAAAUA